AUGGAUGAAUUCUAAUCUUUUGCAAUUAAUAAUCAACCUGAAGAUAAUUCAAGAGCAUAAGAAAAGAAUGAAUCAGAAGCUUAAAACAUAAAUCAAUCAUCUAGAAGAACCUGGUCAUUUAAGGAAGACAAUUAAUUAAGGUAGGCUGUUAAAUUAUAUGGUACAAACUGGUUAAACGUUGCCUAAGAAUUAUUAAAUAGAAAUCCUUCUUAGUGUGCUUAAAGAUGGAAAAGAAUAAAGCCACCAAAUGUAAAUUUUUUGGUGAUUUUUAGUUAUAUAGUAAAAGAAAACCAUGGACAAAAAAAGAGGAUUCAUAAUUGUUGAAGUUAUUCGAAAUAUAUAAAAAUAAUUGGGUUAAAAUUUCAAAGAAUAUUUCUAAUAGAACAAGUAAAUAAGUUAGAGAAAGAUUUAUUAACAAGUUAAAUCCAGAAAUCAAUAAAUAGCCAUUUACAGAAGCUGAAGAUUUACUUAUAGUUGAAGGAUUUAAGACUUUUGGAUCAUAAUGGUGUAAAAUAUCCAAGAUGCUCUAAGGUAGACCGGUAUUAUAAUAAUUAUAUACAAGGAAAAUCUAAUUAAAAAUAGAUUUUAUUCUUAUAUUCGAAAGCAUUAUCUAAAAAUUGAUAAUCCUUAUUAUGUAAUUCCUCAAAAAAAUUAAGAAUUACCUAUAUAGUUUAAAAAGAAAAAUGAGAAUAUAAAAGAUAAAACAAUAAAGAUACCUUAGGUGUCUAUUAGUUAAUGGAAAGUAUAAUAAAAUUAUAUGAUUUAGUUUUAAGAUGAAUUAGAUUGUUAAGAUAUUAAGAAAUAAUAAUCUCCAAGAUCAACAUAGGUCUCUAAAAAAUCUAAAAUUAAAGUUAAAAAUAUGCUUCUAAAAGCCUAAGAUAAUUAAAAAUAAUAAUAAAAUUUUCAAGAUUAUAACUUAUUGCCAUCAAUAAAAGAGGAAUAAUAAUAUUCUUAGAAUUAAGUAAAGGAAGAGCCAGAAGAAAAAAAUUAUUAAGAUUAACUUUAAAAUAAAAAUAAUGUAAGUUCGUAAGUCAAUUUUUACACAAAUUCUUAGCCUUUUAAUCCUUAAUUACUUUAUAAAUAAAUGUAUUAUUAUUAACAUUAAAUUGGAAUGUAAUAUAUUCCAUAAUAUUUUUUGGCUACUCCAAUCAUCCAAUAUCGAGCACUAAUUUAAGAAACUUAAUUCUCAAAAUCUUUGAAAACGUAUUAUGGGAAUUAAAAUUGA